ACGAACGUAACAUCAGCAGGCACUUGGUUUGAUAAAUAAAAACAGUUGGAAAGCAACAGUUAAGGUGGUGAAAUCAAUGUCGUGUAAUCGGUAAUCUUCUCGAGUGUUUGAAUGAAAAAUAGUUAAAAUCGAGCAGGUGAUAACCUGGGAAGCAACCCGUAUUCACCGCUUCCAAAUCCGCCGAACGAGCGCCGCCGUUGACGACAACCACGUGUGAACUUGACCAGCGUUGAAGUCUCUCGGUUGAUCCACCUAGCAAUUCCAUAACAACGACGAUAGGCGGUUGUGAUCUUCAAGUUUCGUCAUCAUUGGCUUCUCUUGUUUUUCACGUGUUUCGUUGUCUGUGGCCCAAAGUUGUCCGAAAAAGCAAUUCAAUGAUCUAAUAGCCAGCGGCCGCUGGUGGUUUCCAAAAAUCUAUACAGCGCUGAGUAAUUUCGGGGGGACUUGCUUUUGCGCGAGUAUCUUGGCGGUGGUUAAUUUAUAUGAGCCCCUAAGACAUCCGGCAUUCGUCGUAAGACCGAUUUGUGGGCCUUGGCAAGAGAGACACAGAGAGAAGUCGGCCUAGCUCUCUGGGUCGCCACGAUUAGGCGGGACAAAAUUGCCGCGAGUCAGAGUGUUCCAAGAUUUGGCCGGAGACGGACCUGCGUUUGGGGAUCAGCUCAGUUUUUGGGGGUUUCAGACUGAACCUGAAGAAGUGUGUCUUCGAUCAGCUGUUUUGGAACAGCUAGUUUGUGCAAUAACCCCCGUAGUUUGUGUUUUAGAUUUAUUUAGAGGGGGUUACCAAACCGUUACCAAACAAGUUGUAAAUCGGCUUCAAGUAUCAGUGACUUUGGGUCAUUUCGGGGCUAACGGUUAAGUGCGGUAGUGUUGCAAUUUGAAGUAAGAAACGUGUCGUUAAUUAGUGGAAAGUAACCUGUGUGUGAAUCCGGAACAAUGGCGCUGUUACUGUUGGCGGGAUUUGGAGCCAUUUUUGGGGUUCUGAUCUUUUUCUUUAUGAAAUCGUCCAAAGAAAUGCCGAAAAACUGGUCCCAGUUUGUUUCCGAGCUUCGAGUACAACAAUGUGGAUUCGUUGGCAUUUCGGAAGAUAUCUUACUGAGGAGAUCCAACAAAGUCGAUCUGUACAAACAGUCGGGCAAGAUAGCUCUCGUCACUGGAGGAAAUCGCGGAAUUGGCCUGCGCAUCGUCAAAAAACUAGUCGAGUGCGAUAUCGAGGUGAUACUGGGUGUCCGCAAUCCGAUCGAGUCGAAAAAAGCGGUGGACAAAUACCUGGAGCACAGCAAUCUGGGCGCAGCAACCGGAGCCAAACUUCACUACGAGCAGCUGGACAUUGGCAGCAUGAAGUCGGUCCGGAAUUUUGCGGAGAAAAUUAAAGCCCGCUUCAGCAAGAUUCACAUUCUGAUCAACAAUGCCGGUGUUAUGGGCGUCCCCUACAAGCUGACCGAAGAUGGAUUCGAAUCCCACAUGGUCAUCAACUAUUACGGACACUUUUUGCUAACCCAUUUGCUACUUCCGGAACUUCGAGCAGCCGGAACAGCCGAAUCCCGGGCCCGCAUCGUUAAUGUUUCGUCUUGUGUGAACAAAAUCGGCGACAUCAACUACGGAGAUUUGAACCGAAGUAAAAACUACUACCCAGCGGAUGCGUACAACCAGAGCAAACUGGCCCAGGUCCUGUUCGCCAAGUACACCCAGCUUCAAUUCGACGAGGAUGGUGAUUUCAUCCAAUCUCACUCAUGCCAUCCGGGGGUGGUCAAUACGGAUCUGUUCGAGCAUUCCAGCACCACCUACGUGCCGUGGGUCAGACAGUUGCUUUUUAAGAAUCCGGAACAAGGCUCCCGGACCGUAAUAUACUCGGCCAUCGCACCGGCCCUGGAAGGCAAGGGAGGAACCUACCUGAGCAACUGCCGGAUCAUGACCUGCCAUCGCUUCUGGAAGAAUUCGGUCCAGUGCGAGAAACUGUUCCGGGUCACCUGCGAUACGCUUGGAAUCAAAGAUUUUUUCCACCCGGCAGCCAAAUAGAACCUAAAUAGACUCGGGAACACCCAAAUCCGACCAUGGACCGUGAACCGUGGAACGGGUCAAGCACAAAAAUGGAAACACAAAUCAGAAUGAACAAGAUUGAAAGACGUUGAAUGCCGUCCAAAGGGUGAGAUGGUUGUUGCAUUUCUCACAAAAACUCGAAUGAACUGGGGAAAAGUAUUCAAUUUGGUUAGUAGAUAAUAUUCUUUCAUGCAUGUUAUGAUUCUAUUCAUCGUUUACACAAUCUUUGUGAGUGUAAUGAAAUUCGGCGGGACAGCUGCAGUCAGCUACCCUUCUUAAAUAAAUUAUAUUUAUGAAAUUA